AUGGCCUCAUCCGCUGGAUCUGCUCCUCCGCAACUACCACUAUUUCGAGCAGUGGCCAGUUCCACGAGGCAAAUAUAUCAACUAUUAAAAUGUAUCAGUUUCACAGCCAAGGUACAGGUGGAAAUAACUCAAGAUGGCAUCCGCUUUGCCGCAGACCAUUCGCACGUAAUGCAAGGCGUAGCUUUUUUAGAUAAAGCUCUCUUUACAUCUUAUACUUUGAACUUGCCAGAUGAAGGCGAUACACCAAAAUUUCAAAUGAAUCUGGCCGCUUUGUUAGAAGCCUUACAGAUCUUCGGGGCCACAGACGUAGCAGCCCGAGCGGCCAAAGCGGAAUCGGAAGCUUAUCGUAGCAAUCUACGUAACUACCGACCAGACGCCUUUAAUCACCAGACUUUAGGUAUGCCGGGAACAUGUUGUAUCAUGUAUGAAGAAGAUGGAUCCCCGCUAAGCAUCAUCCUGGAGGAAACUGGAGUCAAGACUCAGUGUAAUAUGGUCACUUACACCCCUGAAUCACAUGAUAAUAUCCCUUUCGAUCGGGAAGAUAUAUCCUUCAAGAUUAUCAUGCAAGCUCGAUGGCUCCUUGAUGCUCUUUCCGAGUUAGCUCCUAUGGCUCCAAUUCGUAUCGCCAUUGCUGCUUCACCAAAUGCCCCCUAUCUAAGCUUAUCAAGCAGCGGGGGUCUUGGUAGUGCUAGUGUUGAGUUCUCAAGCGGCCGUGACCUCCUCGAAACCUUUUCCGUGCACGACCGUUGGGUACAAAGUUUCAAAUUCGACUUUGUUAAGUCGGCAAGCGAGGCCAUGCGUAUAGCGAACAAAGUCAGUUUCCGUGGGGAUGGUCAAGGCGUUCUCAGCUUGCAGUUUAUGGUCGAGGUUGAAGGCGGGUCGGUAAGCUUUCUUGACUUUCGGUUUGUUCCUUAUGUCACGCAAGAAGAUGAGGAGACCGGGAGUGAGGAGGAAGAUAAUCAAUAA